AUGACAUUUACACAAGAAAACAGCAUCGACUCGCCCAGCAGGGCACUGCUACGCACCAUCACUUGCUCCGAGCUACAGAAUGAGGUCCCGCGAGCACUUGGCGAGCUUCUCCACGCUGCAACAGAAGAUGGUAUUUUUUAUUUGAAGUUUGACGACGGUGACAAGAGAAACUGGAGUCGAAGCAUCGAGGGUGUGGACCGUCUGAGUCGCGACAUCUUUGACUUGUCUACUGAAGAGAAGCUGCUCUUUGACAUUGACUCGAUGGGAAAGCUCAAGCUCAAUGGAUAUAAGCCAAUUGGCAGAAACAAGGGCGGCAUAGAUGGCCAUCGAGAUGGCUUCGAAAGCUACGCUAUAUCUCAGAAUACCAUAAACAUGAUGCCAGGACUGGCAGUUCGCCAUCCUGGUGUAGUGUAUAAGCACCAAGAAGCGUUGACGCAACUGACCUCCAACUGCCUGGACAUGACGCAGCUUGUAUUCAAGGCGCUGUCCAGGGCAUUUGGGCUCCCGGCCGACGACUCGUUCGAGUCUCGCCACCACGAGUCUGCGACAUCAUCCCUUGAUCUCCUCCGCCUGCUCAAGUAUCCCAAUGCGAUGGGAGACGGCGAGUUUAGCAUUCCACAGCUGGCUCACGCCGACAUGGGCUCUCUCACAUUUCUCUUCACAUCGUCGCCGGGGCUGCAGAUCCUGCCACCAGGCACCGAGUCGUGGCGCAACGUGCUGCCCAUGCCCGGCCACGCCAUUGUAAACUUUGGCGACGCCAUCAAAAUCCUCAGCGGCGGCAAGAUUGAGAGCGUCGUACACCGGGUUGUCACUAUGCCGGGAAAGCAAGUUCGGGAUAGGUACAGCUUUGCUUUUCUGGUGCGGCCUGGGGUGUCUGCGCAAAUUUCGACUCUGGCGUCUGUUGCCGGUCAAGAGAGCGAAAAUGGCAUGGCGUCGCCCAUGACCUGCGAGGAAUGGGUCUCGAUGAGAUUCAGUCAGCUGCGAGCAAAGUAG